AUGGUUAAGGUUAAGUUUGUUAUUGAUCUAAUGGUUAAGGUUAAGUUUGUUAUUGAUCUAAUGGUUAAGGUUAAGUUUGUUAUUGAUCUAAUGGUUAAGGUUAAGUUUGUUAUUGAUCUAACGGUUAAGGUUAAAUUUGUUAUUGAUCUAAUGGUUAAGGUUAAGUUUGUUAUUGAUGUAAUGGUUAAGGUGCUCGUGACAUAUACCCUGCAGACUACUGCUUCUUCCGUUCGUUCAACAACGUCAAGUAAAAAUGGUCUUCUUUCGUCGCCCGUGAAUCUGAGAUCUACAUGCAAGUCUUCGUUCGUCUGCCUUUUAUUUAUUCCAAACAGUUACUGUAACUGGAAUAGUGAACUCUGUAGUUGUCGUCCAUUCCACGUGCAAUUCAAUGACACAAUGUGUAUACCACCGACAUUGCUAGGAUUUGGGUGUGCAAUAGACGCCCAAUGCAGAGUGAAAGUCAAGAACAGUCGAUGUGUGAACGGUUUAUGUGAAUGCCUACCAAAUUACAUUCCAUUUAGACGGGACAGGUGCUUAUCAGAAGCAAAAGUAGGAGAAUAUUGUCUUAACCACGAACAAUGCAGACUUUCAGACAAGUAUGCCUAUUGUAAUUGGACUAUUCCUCAUGUUUAUGGCAAAUGCCAAUGUCCAUCCGGGUUCUUUUUCACAAAUGAUGGACGUUGUUUACCACAUCUUGGCAAAAAAUGCAAAACUUCUAAGGACUGUGAAGAAGCGACACCUGGGGCUUACUGCAAGAAACACAAGAAAACAGCAAUAUGUGAAUGCCGUCACGGACUUAGGUCUUCUUCAAACAGACUUCGUUGCGAAACAAACAAAGGUCAAGUUAUUGGCGAACGAGAGAAGACACCAAAUACUCUAGCGACCUCUCUUGGUAAACAUUGCAACAAAGCAGCAGAAUGUCAAGCCAGGGAUCCGUACAGCACCUGUAUUAACGAAACGUGUCAGUGUGUAAGACACGCUUCUUCUUGUAAUGCACACAAAACAGGAUGUCAUCAAAACACGUUCCAGUGCAGGAAUGGUCAGUGUGUUUCCUGGUUCUUUGUGUGUGAUGGACAAAGAAACUGUAUUGAUGGAAGUGACGAAGAUGAAUGCAUAAGUUACAACUGUCCAAAAGAAGCCUUUCAGUGUAACAACGGAUCCUGUAUCUCCAGAUCACUGGUGUGUAAUGGAAAGUGGGAAUGUCCAGAUGGAAGUGAUGAAGCUAGAUGCUAUAAAGGCAUUACUUGUGAUAAGUAUUCCUUCCAGUGUGCCAGUGGCCAGUGUCUUCCACAGUAUAUUUUAUGUAACGCUGUUACCGACUGUAACGACGGAAGCGAUGAGCUCGAAACUAUGUGCUUCAAAGGUGAAGACUGUCCCAGUGAAAGUUUCCAGUGUAACAGUGGGCAGUGUAGAUCAACAGCUAUUCUGUGUAGUGGACUGGACGGUUGUGGAGAUAACAGUGAUGAAGACAGAUGCGAAGUUUGCUAUUGCGAGAAGCCUGAAGACGGUGCCAGAACAUGA